AUGUCCGACGUUAAAAAACCAAAGGAUGCCAAGGCUUUCUUGACCGAUUUCUUGAUGGGUGGUGUGUCCGCCGCUGUCUCCAAGACCGCUGCUGCCCCCAUCGAAAGAAUCAAGCUUUUGGUGCAAAACCAAGAUGAAAUGAUCAAGCAAGGUCGUCUCUCUACCCCUUACAAGGGUAUUGGUGACUGUUUCUCCCGAACCUACAAGGAAGAGGGUCUCGCUUCUCUCUGGAGAGGUAACACCGCCAACGUUAUCCGAUACUUCCCCACCCAAGCCUUGAACUUUGCCUUCAAGGAUUACUUCAAGUCACUCUUCGGUUUCAAGAAGUCUGAGGGUUACUGGAAAUGGUUCGCUGGUAACAUCGCUUCCGGUGGUGCUGCUGGUGCCUCUUCUCUUCUUUUCGUCUACUCCCUUGAUUACGCCCGAACUCGAUUGGCCAACGACAACAAGUCCGCCAAGAAGGGUGGUUCUCGACAAUUCAACGGUUUGGUCGAUGUCUACAGGAAGACUCUCGCUUCCGAUGGUAUUGCUGGUCUUUACAGAGGUUUCGUUCCUUCCGUCGUCGGUAUCAUUGUCUACAGAGGUCUCUACUUCGGUCUUUACGAUUCCAUCAAACCCGUCAUCCUCGUUGGUCCCCUCGAAGGUAACUUCUUGGCCUCCUUCGCUCUUGGUUGGACUGUUACUACUUCUGCUGGUCUUGCUUCAUACCCUCUCGAUACCAUCAGACGACGAAUGAUGAUGACCUCCGGUGGUACCGUCCACUACAAGUCCAUGAUGGAUGCUGGUUCUCAGAUCAUCGCCAAGGAAGGUAUCAAAUCCCUCUUCAAGGGUGCUGGUGCUAACAUCCUCCGUGGUGUUGCCGGUGCUGGUGUCUUGUCUCUCUACGACAAGAUGCAAGAAUUGAUGUUCGGUAAAGUCUACUCUGUGAGUUGA